GGCCUGUAAUCAAAGCACCAGUUUCCCAGAGAGGACUCAAGUCCUCUCUCUGGUUUUGGAAGCGGAGCAGCCAGUCAGAGCGAGAGUGUCAGCAGGACCCGAGAGCUGCGCGUACAGGACAGGACAGGAGCAGCAGCUGGAUAAGACGCACCAGGUCGGCGCAUGUAUUUGCUCAUUCCUGACCCCUUCUUUGGUUCUGCUGCGUCUCUUAUCGGAGGCUUGAUGCGAUCCGCACCCGCAUCAAGAACACACCUCUGACGGACAAACCAUGGACAGUCUGGGCAGCCGCUGUAAGAUCGUAGUGGUCGGAGACACGCAAUGUGGGAAAACCGCACUUCUGCAUGUUUUUGCAAAGGACUGCUAUCCAGAGGUGAGUCUGUCUAAAGUGUGGAUUUAGAAGUCCUGUAAACUAAGAUGGGAUGUGGAGUUUGGAGGCUGUAUAAGUACUAUCAUUAAAAUGUAGCUCUGAACAGUCCUGUAUUUAGUAAGUUCAUUACUUGUUCAGCAGCUCACAUCCACCUGCUCAAAGACAGAGAAGAGAGUGAACUGUAAUUAAUGCCUGUCAAAUUGCCCUCGCAGUGCUGCAGUGACUUUAAUGUGUCUUUAUUGCUGCCCAUAAAACUCCAUGGUAAUCAGCCAUAAUAAUAAAAUCCUAGAGUAUCCCCAUAAGCUUUUUCUGUGAAAUGAAUUUUAUUUGCUGCAUUAUUUUCAGUCUGAAAUUCCCAUCGAUCCACUCCUGUGAAACCCAUGUCUGUGUAAACACCAGCUUACUUUGUGCCACUUCAUUAAAAUCAAUCCUUUUCAUUUCAGAACUAUGUGCCCACCGUGUUCGAGAACUACACAGCCAGCUUUGAGAUCGAGAAGCACCGGAUUGAGCUGAACAUGUGGGACACAUCAGGUAAGAUGCUUUCAUACCAACCUCUGAUACUGAACUCUCUGUAAUGGUGUCUGUCUACCGCCUCCAACUUCUCCAGCAGUCAUCUUUGUCGCUCUGUCAAAUUGUUCUGACCUUGCCAACUUCAUGUCUGUCUUAUUUUAAGCUGAGUACUCUUGCUAUUUAUGAUUGUUGUCUUUUCUGGAGACCUCGGUGCCACUCAUGACUCUAGGUGCCUUGUGUUUGCAUUCCUGCCUCUGCUGGUCUCAGUGUGGGGCUGGCUCUUCCCAGGCUCCGGCCAGUUGUUGGGUGGCUGUAGGGAGAAAGAGAUAGAGACAGGGGGGAAGGAGGAAGGGUGAGGGUGUGGAGAACGGAGACAGGAUGGGCCUGAAGGCAUCAGUUACUGUAAUUACCGCUAAAGUGUUUUCAUCAGAGGAUCAAUGAGGUUGGCUGCUGCCUCACACCGAAUCAGAUGCUGUUUUCUCGCUAAUUUGAUUGAAUGGUCAACUUUUGCAUUAUUUAGGAGAACACAUUUUCAACUUUGGGAAACGUUCUGAUAUUUGAUCAGUAAAUAGAUUUUUUUUAGAGAGUUUUAUUUCUUUGAGUUUACACCUCCCUCUGUUGUGAAAUCAAUUCACUCAUUACAGUUUUAACUGAAGUGACUUGUAAUCUCUAAACAGACUUCUCCAGCUACCCAAUACAUCAAACUGUACGUGCUGAGUUGCUCACAGCAGUGUUGACAUGAGUGUGAGACAUUGCUGCACUGAUAGGAAUCUAUGUAAGGAGUGUCCUGCCAUCCGAAGGGACUUUCCAUGGCAUCCUUUGUUUGGCCAAAUACUUAUAAUGUGACUCAGUGAGUGGAAGUAGUUUUGACCAUCAAGCAGCUACUUGUGUCAGUGCAACUCAUGCACAGAAAGCUCGCUCCUCCUCAUCCCGGUUUAGUCAGUGUGGAUGGAUUAACAGCUCUGAGCUACCCUGAGAUCUGCAUCUCAUCAUCUCAGAGCGGAGGCUCCUGCAGCUAUCGGACCGGUGACAUGGCAGCCCGCCUUGAGGACUCUGUUUGAGAUCCUCCCAGAGGGGAAUUCCUUCUUUUACCAUAAACAGUCUCAAACCCAAAACUGUCUCCCCUGGGAAAGAUGAUGAGAGUGUUUUUAUGUAACCGAGAGAAUGUUGUUUUUCCAUGAACCGCAUUGUGACCCCAGAGAGUAAAUCUGCUUUAGUCUGUCAGUCAGGGGUCAGGGUCCUCUGGGGCCCAGGGCCACAAUUUAGCUGAGUCCCUUAUCUGUGGGCUGUAAGAGCCUAAUGAUGGAGUGGGAAUGUUGUGCUUCUGUCCAUCUUUAAAAACCCUAUGUCACCUUUAGCGGUCUUUAAUCCUCAGCCAGAGGCCACCCACCCCACAACAAACAUGACGUCACCCAACCCACAGGGCAAAUGUGUGUGUGAGUGUGUGCGCUCAGAAGUCCUUGUGUGCCUUUAUUCACCGCUUCACAGCAAACACAGAUGCUCAUAUUUCAUCUCUUCAAAAAAAUAAUUGGCUCAUGCUCGAAUGAAAAAAGUCUUUAAUCUGCAAAGGAACACCACGUCUCUCCUAAUUCCUCUUUCAGUGUGUUGUUUUGCUUCACGCCUUCUCCUCCUUGUUCACCUGUGUUUUGGUUUGAAUUUCUCUCAUGUGUGCUAGCUCCAGCAGCAGUUUCAGGAGCUCCAGCUGAGGAUGUUACAGAUGGUCACAGCAGCUUUUGUGGGAGGAAAACUUCAGAUUCAAAUCAAUUUAUUUAGCUGUGCCCUCGCUGCAUUCACUCUCUGAAGUGAAGCGAGUGUGCGACGUGCUGAGCUUGAACAUCAUUGUGAGAAAUGUUGUGCUGGAUAGGAAACACACGACAUGAAUUCGAGUGCUACAAAGCUAAUAAGAUGAUGAUCACAGAAACACAACUACUAUACAUUUAUUUUAAAUGAGUGAAAGCACUGCUGUGGGGUUGGGUGAAGUGAAACAAGGCAUGGACUCUAAAUGAGUGAGGCAUUGAAAGUCCCACUCUGACCGUUUUUUUUUUUUUUUUUUUUUUUUUUACUAAAGCGUUAUCAGUGGUCUUUAAAUUGUGAUUAAGUUUUUAGCCAAAAUCAUGUUACCUGUGUCAUUUUCAAGGGCUUUUCUUCUGCAGAGUUCCAGUAGCUCAUUAGCAAUUCGCCUCUGAGUCGUGGGCAGGGACAGCGCUGCUCUGUACACUUCUCUUCUCGCUGGCUUGCAGCCUUACAUUGCUGGUGUAGUUGAAGUGGCAGGUAACAAAGGAGCUAUUGUGCUCUCAGACACUGAUGUCUUCAGGGACAUGAUUAAGGUUUAUAUCAUAAUUAGCUUUCUUACGAGCAUUGCAAUCUGCUAACGCACACACUUGUUGCGCGAUUGUCUGCGAGCAGGGCUCCAGGGGUGGAGCUUGGAUUUAGGACGUAUGAAAUCUCACUGUCUCUGAACCUGCCGUUUGAGUCUGCCAGAGAUUCACAGCGAUCUGACUGCGGACUCAGAAAUGCAAUUUCACACUUACUUUUCUCAUGAUAUGUCCUGUAUUAUCAGAAAAAUGCCAUAUGAGCAUGUAAAAAAAAAAAAGAAAAACAUGAUUUUCAUCAGAUUGGGUCUUUAAGCGAUAAAAGGAAGCAAGAUGCCUUUUUUUUACGAAAAGAAAAAAAAAACUCGAAUCAACAUUAGCAUUGAGGUGGCACUUUUUUUUGUCCACAAGAGGGCACCAUAAUUAAUCCAAACUUAAAGUCCCUCACAGAGGCUUUAAAUUCACUCUGGAUCACUCCCAAACUGUCCUGACACUGUUAACUGCCAAAGUUAUUCAUAUCAUUAUUUUGGGCAUGUUAGCGACCAAACAACUUGAAAAAGGACGCUGUUGUUAUCAAUCACAUCGUUGAUAUACUGAUAAUGGCAGACCUAAAUGGAAGCUCUACAACCUGGAUGUAAACAAGCACAGCUGACAGGUAGGGAUAGCAGGGUUUGUCAGUAUUUCCCUAAAAAAACAGAGACCAAGUUGUAAGAAGGCAGUGUCUACUUAAACUAGCAUUUAGUCACUUAACAGGGUCGACCUGUAACUAGCACAUACAUGUGGUCACUUACAAUUAUCCACUUUUUUCUCUACUGCAGCUACACUUAGGAAAAAUGGAGGAUAAGUAAGUUAUAUCUAUUUGUACUCAUCAAGGCAACCUUUGACCGACUGUAUGUAGAGCUGUGAGGUUUAAAACAGAGGACCCUUUCAUGAAGCUACCAACAGCUUUCCUCUUAUUUCUCAUGCAUAUCUUGGCACCACAAACAGCACCUCUACACAAAAACAUCCCAGUGCUUACUGUACCUGAUGUUUAAGGGGGGAAAUAUUAACUGGUUUCUGCUGUGUCACUUUCACUGUGGCUGCAGUCUGCAGUGGACUCUUUCAGUUCAGCUUGACAUUUGCAUCACCCACGGCUCCGGUCUGCCCUUCUGAAAACACUCCUCUCCCCUCGGACACAGCUGCUGUUUAUUUCUGACAACUCUGUCCACAUAAAGUAUUGUCUACCCUUUUAAUUGCUGCUGAAGUCUGCCUGCUGUGGUCUAGCUCCGCUCACAAAGCAUUAUUGAUUGCCAUCCGAGGCGAGGCUAUUUAAACAGCUUGCGUCUCGCCUGGCUCGCGUUUCUCCAGCGCGGUCAACUGCGCUCCGCCAUUAAAAAUGCUUCUAGCCUUCGUUGUAGCAGCGUGGAAGUCAACCAUCGAUUCGUUUGGUUUCAUUUAAUUUGGGUUCCUCUGCAAGGUCUAGUCCUUGCAGGAUGGGUUAGAAGAGAGGUGAGGUGUUCAUCUAGCUGGGGUCGUUACUAAGUGGGAGUCUGUGUGUGUGCGCGCUCUAAAUAGGUGUUUGAAGAAACAGCAACAAGGAGCUCUUUGGCUUCUGGGAACCUGAGGACAACUUUAAGCUGUGUUUGUAUUCUGCCCUGCACCCAGCUCUAGACUAUGUGGAGAAUUAAAUCAAUUAGGAAGUGACUGAGUGGAAUUCAAAUGAGAAAAAUGCUGUAUUAUGAGUGCAGCCAUGUUACAUGAGUGAUAAAUGAAAUUAUCUGUUUCUCCACGACUAGCGUUGUAAUUAAGUUUUCAAGCAACUCAGGUUGUUAAGCAGUCAAAAUGUCAGUGUGACUCAGUGAUAGCUAAUUUGAGAGCCAUUACUGAUUACUGUUGACACUCACAGGGUCUGCUGGUAGUGAGCCAGUCUGAGGUUUUCAUAGAGCCUGAGGCACUUAUACUCUCUUCCUCCCCUCUCAGUAUGGUAGGGGUGCCUGCCUGGGAAACAUCCCCUGCAGCCUCGGUCACACACUACAACUCCACUUUAGGUGUGUGUGCUGUUUUCUUGUAAGUCCAAGCCAUGACAGGCCGGGUUUCCCCAAACUUCUUACAGCAGUACCCUCACGUCUCUUUCUGUUUCUCUUCUCUGCGGCCUCUCUAACUCCUGACCUGAUUCUCGUCUCCGGCUCAGUUGUGCUACAGUCCUCCUUUCAAGUGGCAAUCCACAAGAAUCUUGUUUUUCUUUUGGCAAUUGCUGACAUCUUUGCCACUAAUCGCUCAAACUGUGGUAUUUUUUCCCAGCAAUCACUUGUCAUUCAAACCACGUGUUCUGCACUCUCAUACCGAAAUUUUGGUUUGUGUGCCUGAUCGUUGAUGUUUGCCAUACCAUCCCUUCCCUAACCACCCAGCUCUUUCGAAGUUUGCUUCCAAAAAGGCUGCUGCUGUUGCUGGGAACAUGAAAUACAUCACUUGCUGUGCAGCAAAGGAUUUUUCCUGCAGUAGACCUGCCUGACAUGGGGCGUUCACAACAACAAAAAUAAAAGCUUUUAUGAACUGGCUGCAGUUUGAGCCUCUAUUGUGCUGCACAGUUGGCAAAAGAAAGCAGAAAAACAUCUUUUCAUCUGAAAAUGUCAAAGAUUUUUACACCGAGUCACCAUUCACACAGUGUUCUGAGCCAGUUUUAACCAAGUGUCCUUUUUCAAAGUUACUUGAAUGAUUUCUUUACAGUACAACUUAAUGACUCAGACGUGUGUUCAUUUAUGACUCGUGAAACAAUACAAGCGUGUCACGCUACACCCUCAGUACCAGAGUCACACUCCAGCCGCCUCCCUCCUCUCACACCAACUUCCCAACAUUCCUGGUGUCUUUGUGCUCCUAAAACUCACAUUCUCUGCGCACUGAACCAGUGUGGGGCAUCCAGAGGCCUGUACAAACAAGCUGAGGUCUGUGGGCUCUCUGUUCCUCCACACUUUCCACUUGAUUAAUCUUUAAUAGGGAAUGAGUGAAGUACAACCACAACGCGGAGCACAGAUAAAACCAACAGACCCCCUCCCUGCCCUCAAACCUCCAGUGCCGUGGAGCCAGAGGAUGUUCAGUGAGAGCUGUCAGACCCGAGGAGCGAGCAUGCUAAUCACAGAAGAUAAAAUUAUCUGAAUCACCUCUGUGAUGCUAAAAGAUUAAGAGGCAAAAUGCUCCACUUCCCUGUCUUUGCUUUGAACAAUUUUCAUUUUCAGACUGAGAUGCCGCUGAGGGGGUUGGGAAAGGCAGCUGCAUAUAAAACUGCAGAAAAUAAAUACACCUUUUGUUUAUUUUUGUCAGCAUCCUGAAGGGAGUAUGACGACACCCUUUCAUAUGCUGUUCACAAGCCUGAAUGUAUGCACCCAGCCUAAGCAGCUCAAAGUGGCUGCUGCUCUCUGCCUAACCCGCCCAGGGCAACAACUGCCUGAACCAAACCUGUUUUGAUGAUGCAGAGGAGGCUGGAAGGCACUCCCCUGCACUGGGGGAGAGCGCCUGCCUGCAUGACAGUUUCGGGUAAUGAGUAAACAGAGGAUCGAGUAAGGAUGGUGAAAUCCUGUUACUUAAAAUAACUGUUUGUAAACCCAUAAUUAAAUAAACACAUUUUGAAGACGUCUGAAAACUCUCUCUUAAACUAUCAGUGCAUCCUAACUAUGACUGAGCAUGUUCUUUUAGCUUAAAUAUCAUGUCCCAGACAGUUCACUUCAUUUCUCCAAGCCCAAAGGACUUCUUUGGACUCUAUUUUUAUCCAAACAAUUGUUAAAAUUACACACACAGAGAAACAUUUUUGAGUUGUAGUCUUGAAAAGAAACAAAAAAGCUACGAGUCAUUAAACCUCAGGAGAUGGAACCAGCGAUGCUGAGGUUUUUGUUUGAAAAAUGACAAAAUACAGAAGUAACUCUUGAUUUACUCACCCAUUCCUGAAUUAAUGUCCCAGCUCACAUUUUUAGUGUUUCUAAACAGCCAUUUCUACAACAUGUUGUCAUGAAGAUAGACAGAAACUUCUGGAAGAGCGUUUUCAUGUGGUCAUUUCACACAGACACAUUUUAGCUGACAGUAAAGAAGCUUGUGUCAAUUUUAUUGACAUAAGUUUGUCCAGACAAACAUGGACACAAGCCAGUGAAUCCUAAUGACUAUUGUGAUUGACUGACUCUCUUCUGGUUCUAUCAUCAUCUUGACAUGAGCACUUUACCCACUUAGCUGUGCCUGAGCGCAGACUCUGACUCAUGUGGCACUAAAAGACAUGUCUAGACAUAACGCAGGACUAAGUAAUAUCGAAACUACUCCUUUAAAAUGAAACUUCAAUAAACCUUUUUAUCACUCUGAGCAAAGAAAUGACUCCUUGUGUGGAUUGGAUCACGGCCAUUCACUUCAGGUUUGCUUCAGUUUAAAUGAAAGUGUAAUUGUCCCACCAAUGAAGCAGCUCUAGUCUUGAUUUCAGGGUGGUCAAGAGGGGUUUGAAGUUCAGGUUGGUGAGAUACUAUCAAAACACCUGUCUGUAAAGGCUGAUAAACAAACUUCUGAAACUGGACACAAUAUUUAUUUAUUCUCAGUCCAGCCACUGAUUGGCUGAAGAGUUGUUUGGUAUGUUUCUUAAUUACACAGUGUGCUCAUAGACUGUAUAUAGAAUGGACGCCGUCUGCCUGUUCUCUGGGUGAAGCCACCGCGAGAACAGCACCCUCUGGUGACGGGCUGCAGUAUAGGUCAUAAAUCCCGCCUCCUCCAGCAAUCCCUAUGGAGUUGUGGACAGAAACUCCAUAGGGUAGAAAUUUAUUACACAUAAUAUAAAUUUUUCUCCCCCCUGAUUGUGAUGUUGACACGUAGUUACUGUAGGACUGGUUUGUGUUCAAAUCCUCUUUUUUCUGUGCAGCUCCAUUUUUAAAAGUUAUUUGGGGGUUCAUGUUUUCUAUGAUUGUCACUUGAUUCAGCCUAUGGGUGAACAAAGAUUGCGUAGCUCACCUGGGGGUACGCUGUUUGAGCUGAGUGUCAUCACAGCAUCUCUCGAUGACUCUCCCACUGAAUGUGUACAAUGCUACUACGCAAGUGGUGGUUCCAGGAAGUGGAGAAAAUCCCAGAAAUACUGAGAGCAAUUUGGCUUCAAAUUUGUACGAUAACAGAAGGCAGAGCCAAGUUGUCCAUAGUAUAUACAGUCUAUAAGCGUGCAUAAUUGUCAUUUGUAGAGAUUUUUUAAGCAUUUUAUUUAGUCUCUGUUUCAUUUAAAUGGCUGCAACAUAAGCACAAAAUUAUUCAGCACUCAUUGCAAUAAUGUUCUUAGAAGAACUUAGAAGUGCUGAACUAGCUGUUUUGAAAAGUUGGAAAGAAACGUGGCUUUUCUGGUGCCAGGUGAGUUAUCUCCCCUGACAGUUACUGGGAUGACACUGGAGGUAUUUUUGGACACAAGGGGGACCAUUGUGUCCUCUGGGGCCUCACGAGCUUGACAGCAGCACCGCAGAGAAUAGAUCCAGACUGUUUUAUGACUUUAGUCCCUCCUGGUGUCGGGUUUGGGAUCAGCCUAUAGUGCCCCCUGUGACAGGCUGCACAUCAUGAUCACAGGACUGCAAAUGGAGAUGGUAGUUAUUGUACAUGUUUUCUCGGUAAAAUGGAAGACGCAGCUAAAAGCUUUAAAUGUCCAGGUUGUUUCCAUGUGACACAAAGCUGUACCAUGAAUGCCCUUUUUCAGACAGUAUCUAUGUGUCAUUUUUCUACAUAAUUAUAACUCACCUCCUGUGGGCUUUCUUUUCCAUUUUUCUAAACUCAUCCACACCUUAACAUCAGAAAAUGGUCAGUAUUUUAACUGCACUCUGAGAGGGAUUGUGUGAUUGGAUAAAGGCUGCUGGACAGACUACAGUGAGGGCUUCAUCCUGUGCUUUACAAGAGGGCAACCAGCUGUGUUUCAUCCUUGGGGAUCAGGACUCUGAAUCAUGCUCCCCGUCUAUUACAUGAAGGGUUGACAAGUUGAAGAAGAAAAGGCUGUACAUUAGUAACCGUAGGUGGACCAGAAGGAUUGUUGGAGUGGAGAACAGCGUGAUAUAACUUUUCCGGAGGUGGUUAUCCUUUUUUCUCUGUUAUUUAUCCUUCUUCUCCAUAGAUGUUCUCCAUCUCUGAUAGCCUAUUAGUCUCAGCGGCUGCUGGAGCGCUUCGCUGAGGUCACCAGCAGUCAGGGGCCGUGUUAAGCAGAGGGGUGGGCUAAAGUGCUGCAUGGAAGGCAGCCAGCUACACUGACAAGAACACACAGGCUGUAAUUACCACACCGGGUAUUUGCUCUCCUCAGUGUCACAGCAAAGCACACACACACUCGCUCACACAGACACCUAUACUCAGGCAUAAACCCUUCGUUUUGCCUGUUUUCACAUGCACAAAAAGGUCCAGAAUCCUCCACGUUUACUAGCAUGUAAACCAAAAAGGCAGCCUUUCUCCCUUUGUCACCAGAGGAGACUUCUUCCCAGUCCUCCUGAUCUCUUAUCUCUUUCUGAGGAGCCUGUAAAUGUGACCGUGGAUACACAUAUAAGAGCCUCCACACAUUCCUAAUGCACAUCUCAGCCCUGGUGCACUGUCAGCUUUCUGCCGAGCACCCGGCGAAAGUGUAUAAUCUGCUUAAAGAGCAUGUCUGCAGCUGAACGCCACUGCACACUGCUGAUAGGCUGUGUAAGGCUUUUACUUAGUUAAUGUGCCAAUGGAAUAAUCAAAGUGAUAAGUUAUUAGGGAAUGAGCUUUAACCAGUCUACAUUAAAAAGGAGUCUUCUGGUAGGUUCGGAGGAAAAAGAGCUUUUAAGGCUUUUGAUGAGCUCACACUCAGAUUACAAGCUCUGCUUUGAGCUUCAGCAUGUUUGCUUCUAGCAGAGCAGAAUGGAGCUAUUAUAAAGACUGACACGGAAUAAAAAGGAUAAAAUGGAGAUUUAAAAGUGGUUUGUUGGCAUGCAUAAAAGGUAACAGACCCUUAAAAGAAAGUGUAUGAGGAUAAACAUUAUUUAGCAGUAGGGAUACACAGCACUGACAUGGGUAUUAUUAUUUACCAUGACCGUAUGUUCUUAUUCUGUGUCAUUUUAUUUUAUUUUGUUUUAUUUCAAUGUUUAUUUAACAGGGAAAAUACAUACAAAAUUGCCACAAGAAAAUGGAAAAUGUGAUGCAUACAAGAUGUCUAGCUUCAGCAAAUUUGCAGUCCUUGUCCUUGGUCAGGCUUUAGUGUAGGAUAAAAUAUACUGUAUUCUAUAAAUGCAAUAAUACAAAUACAGUGGAUAAUACAGUGAAUGGCUAGGUGAUAUGAAUAGAAAAACGGAGCAACAAAAUUUUGGUUAAACAAUUACACAAAUUAUUUAACACUAAACAUUAAUAAAGUGGCGACAUUUAACUGCAUCUAAAAAAGCCAUUUCAGUCAGUUUUAGAGUCAUUUCUCUGGGGGUGCUGAAAUUAACUCCUCUCAGUUGAUAAAACAGCAUACAGAUUACCUGUCACUCACUUUUUUUUUUUUUUUACCUCCACUUGGCUGCAGAGAUCUGCAGUUUGAUGCUACAAACCUACAGGCUAAUGCAAGCCAUCUCUUUAUUACUGACAAAUUAUUUUUCUUUUGUCAUUUGAUGCACCUUUAGAUGAUUAAUGCAGCUGUAACUAGCUUGACUUGAUCUGUGUUUGUUGAUUUUAUGUAUUAAACAUAAAAAAACGUGCAAAUGUGAUGGAUCUGUGUGAGUGCAUACAUGUGCAUGGGUAUGUGGGUGAAUGAGUGGGUUAGUGUAUGGAAAUUCCAACAGCUCUGACCUCUGACCCCUCCUUUUGUUUCUCAGCUGACCAGAGGCGUAAUGAGGGGAGCUGAGAUGGUAGCUGGGGCACAAUGAGACCAGAAAGCGCAGCAGCUGCAUUGUUCAAUGGGCAACCAGAUUGGGGGGAGUGAGGGGGUGAGACGAGUAAAAUCAGGGAAGCGUGGGGGUGCUGCUUCCAGAGCGUGAGCAGCAAGUGUUCAUUAGAUGGAAAACUAGGAGGUAGGACAGAAGGAGGGGACAGAAGGGAGAGUGUACAUAUGUGCUUUCCCAACCCCACCCUUCACCCUUCAAGGCUUUUUUGUUGUGAGUAAGAUAAGUCAGACGCACCCUUGGGACAAAACCCCCUGAGGUCUUUGGGGAUCUGGACACAAAAACGCCAACUGUGUCACGCUUUUAAAUCACAGCAGCACUCUGGUUAUAUGUUCAACAGUAAGCUACAUAUGGCACCAUUAAUGUAAUGCAGUGCUUUUGUCUAUUGUGUGCUAUGUGGGCGAAGACGGCUUUAAUCAUGCGACCUCUGUCUUAAUUGACCCAAAGAAACAUGAUCUAUGACACCACCCAAAAGAGUCCAUUCACACAGUAGGAAGUCAUGGAUCCUGAAUGAGGAGCUUCAAGGGCACAUAGACUUGACCAGAGGAAGCAGGAUUUCCCAGCAGUGAGUGAAAACUACCCAACUGUUUCAUUCUUGCAAAUUUUUAAGUCUAAUGUUUGAGAUGGGCCAAACACAGACCAAGCUUUUGAUAGGAAAGACUUAUCUUUUUUCUUUGACUCUACACUUGAUGUGAGUCACAAGUUUUUUCCAACCAAUCAGAUGUUCUGAACUGUCUACUGCCUUUCGUAGUUUAUAAACCAGGUUCAAAAAGCUCUCCCAAAAAGUCAACGACAGCCACCACAAGGUACACAAUAUGAGAUGAAAUGAAAAGAAACAAAAGAAACUAUUCGAUACGAAACAAUGCAAUACGAAAGGAUAGGAUACAACAUGGCAUGACACAAUACAAUACGAUACGGUACAAUACAAUACAAUACAAUACGAUAUGAUACGAAACAAUGUGGUACGAUACAAAAGGAAACAAUACAAUACGAUAUAAUACAAUACUGUACAUUACGAAACGACACAGUACAAUACAAUACGAAAUGAAAGGAAACAAUAUGACAUGACACAAUACGAUACAGUAUAGUACGAUUCGAAACAAUACGAGACGACAUGACAUGACACUAUACGAUACAGUGCGGUAUGAUACGAUACAAUAUGUAUGAUACAAUGUGAUACGAUAUGACACAACACAACAUAAUGCAACGGCACAGCACAUCACAUCAUGAUACAAUAUGAUAAAAUACAUCAAGACACGGAGCAAUAUUAUCUGAUAUGAUAAGAUAUGGUAUCACACAAUACCAUACAAAACAGUCCAGUAUGAUGCAAUACAACACAACAUGACACAUCACGGCACGGCACAUGACAAUACAAUAUGGUAUAAUAAGACACAGCAUGGCAUGAUACUGUACAAUACAAUACAAAACCACAAGAUGAAAUAGGACAUGACAGGAUAUGGUUCAAUUCAAUAAGACAUAAUGUGACACAGUAAGAUACAAUACAACACGAAAUUAUACGCUAUGAUACAAUACAAUGCAUCAUGAUGUGAAACAAAACAAAAAGAUUCAAUAAGAUUCAACAUUAUGCAGCAAGAUAUUAAUCCUUACCAUACCAAACCAUACAAUCAAUAAGGUACAAGUUGAUUAGGUAGGGAUACUGUUGUUGUAUGUUAAGCUUAUUUACUCUAGAGAGAGUAGGACAGAAAGGGGAAGAAUAUGAUUAUAUGAUAUGGGAUGGUACAACAUAAUACUUUAAGAGACAAUACAGUACAACAUGAUAAGACAUGUUGCAAGAGUACAUGUCUGACACAACAAAAUAUGCCAGAGUGAAAUGAUGUUGCUGGAUAAACAUGAAAAAAGCUUUUAAAAACCUGGAGGUCUGUAAAUGGUUUCACUGCAAGGUGCUGAAAGGAAGUGAGAAGCAGGUGAGCGAGGGGAUCGUGGAGGCUAAUGACUGCAGUGCAUUGAUGGCGAGAGGUGACUGACAAGAGGAGAAGAGGGUUGGUGAUACAUCCUUUAAAAGGUUGAGAAGACUUUUCAGUGCUGGUCUGGACUGUGUUGUGAGCUGUUGUGGCUCCUCCUAAAUCAAAGUUCUUACACAAACAGAGAUAAACACAGACUGUGGCCAGGACUCUCUAUGGAAAGAGGACUCUGACCCAAUGUACCACUCUGCCAUAUUAUGUGAAUAUAAACCUAUUUGAAGGUUUUUCUUGGACUGUCUGAAAUUUUGAAUUCACACAAAGUGUUCCUGGAAAGGAGGCGUUACACUGGUGCUACUCUUGGAAAUAGUAGUUUAGGACUUUCCAGUUAGUCCCGGGGUCCAGGUUGACAUUAUUUGAAGAACUGAAAGUAUGACCUUAAUAGAUUUUUAUUCAUGGUGAUAUAUAUAGCUUAUACAGUUCAGCACCAAGUUAAGAUGCUGUUAACGUGUGAACGAUACUUUGAAUGUAGUCGUAUUCGCUUCCAGUGAUAAGUAAAUGGUUUCUGUAUUUCCUCUGUCAUUGGUGAAGUGACUACACGAACACAUUUCAUUUACAGUAACUCAACAGUAGAGUCACAGACUAACACAGCCUGGCAUUAACCAGGUAUGUCUUUCUGUUCAGCUGCAGUGAAUGCUUCAGUCAUGCAAGCAGACAGGAAACCCACCCAGGACACUGUGGCUCUGCAUGUUUUCCUCCCUUGUCCACUCCCUCCUCUGAGUGCAACAGUACCCCAAUGCAGCGCCCGCUUUGAUCAGCCCACUUCAAACAGACACACUGACUGGUUCUGCUGCUCCAAAAGCUCAUGCUCAGCCCCCCCAAACCUCCAGGGGAGUGAAACCCUCUCAGCAUCCGUCUGCAGCCCAUCCAGGCGUAAGGGGAUACAGGGAGAGAGGCCGUCUUUCACCUCUACCCGUCACCCCCCACCUGCACCUUCACUCACGCACACUCAACAGAUCCCAUCAUUUAUGGAUGACUUUAUUUAUAAACAAGAUCCAAUGCGCUCCCUCUCUGGCUGCUAUUGCUUUUGUGGAAGUGAAAUUGCUCUUGAAGUGGUGCCAUGUCUCGGCGGUGGCCUCCCUGGGGGGCCGCAGAGUGGCUGCAGAGAUGGAUAGCACCAAGAUAGGGGCUGUGUUUGGAUGGUUUCACACCAGAGGAAGAGGAGUUGAUGGAGCAGAGGUUGUCCUUUUUCCACUCACAAGUUUUUCUUUCAUAUGCUUGUGUAGCUGCCGUCUGAAUAUUCUCUCUUCCUCUUUCAUAUCAGAGAGACAACUCUGAAAGGAGAAGCUGCAGUCGGUGUUAUUACAAGUUUUAAUGAAAAUCUUCGAGCGGGAGAGAACAAGUUUCCAAAGGAGGGAAUGAGACUGAAAGAUGUAGGAGUGGAGAUAAAGGGUGUGAUCUGUGCUGUUUUACAGGAGGACAGGAAUAAAAAGAGAUGAAUAGGAAGACUGUGUGUGCACAUGUGAGGAGAUGGCUGUCAUUGAAGAAAGAUGAGAGAUUUUCAGAGCAGAAUUCACUGUGGCAGGAAAAUCACCAUAGCUUGCUCUAAGAAUUAGAGUAGUUGUCAAACAUUGGCGGAAAACUUUCUGGGCUGUUGAAAAUUGGACCAUAAAACAAAUACCUUACUCAGAGCAGCUUGGGUUUUUCUGCAAUCACUGGUAUCCUUCCCAAAUGGAGGUGCUGUUAAUAAGCUGCAGGCGCAGAAAGCCAACGUCAUUACAGUUUUAGAGGAACAUUUUCACUUUCAUUUAUACAGAGUUUAAUUGAGUGCAUGAAACUUUCUUACUUUAUUGCUUUCUGAUGCUUCCUGAGAAUGGUAUGUUUGCAGAAAGCAACGAAAACUCAGUUAAUAUUGAGUGUUUGCACAAUCUGCCAAAGACAGUGAGUGUUAGACAGUCCUUAUUCAGCUUUAUUUGUUGAAAAGGUGCAGCAAGGUUAAACUUUGUGUCUUAUUGUUGCCUUCUUUUAGCUCUUUGCACUAAGCAGCAGCUCUUGGAUGCAGUUGUUUUCAAUACAUUUCCAUUGGUGUCCAUUUGAGACUCAGAAGCUAAAUUAGAUCCAGUAGAGCAUGUGUUAGAACUUUUACUGUUGCAUGAGAGUUAGUUAUACUGGUCUCUAUACCUCAUGUCUUUAAUUAUAAGAAGUGUAUGCACAGUUAGAUAUAAUUAGGGACAUGAUUGAUUUGAGGGUUUGCGUUAUCUCCAUAGACUGUAUAUACUAUGGACAACUUGGCCCCGCCAUGCGCCAUUAUACAAAUUUGAAGCGGAAUGGCUCUCGGUAUUUCUGGGAUUUUCUCCACAUCCUUGAACCACCACUUGCACAGUAGCAUUGUACACAUUCGGCAGGAGAGUUGCUGUGAUGACACUUGGCUCAAACAAUGUAUCCCCAGGUGAUAACUUCGCAUGCCAAUAGGCUGUAUCAAGUGUCAAUCAUAGAAAACAUGAACCCCCUAAUAACUUUUAAAAAUGGAGCUGCACAGAAAAAAAGAUGACUUGAGCACAAACCAGUCUUACAGUAACUACAUGUCAACACCGCAACCAGGGGGGAUAAAAAUGUUUUUAUUCUGUGUAAUCAAUUUCUUAAGUUUGUCCACAGCUCCAUAGGGAUUGCUGGAGGAGGCGGCAUUUAUGACCUAUACUGCAGCCUGUCACCAGAGGGUGCUGUUCUUGCAGGGGCUUCACCCAGCGAGGAGGUAGACGGCAUCCAUUCUAUAUACAGUCAAUGGUUAUCUCAAGUAGCUUGUGCCACCAUUAAAAAACAGGGAAAAUGACUGAGACUGCACUAAUGUUUAAUACUGUCCAUGCUUUCGCAGACAGUUUUGUGAUAUUUUCCUCACAGUGUGGACGAUCAAAAGGACAUUAUUAACCGGUCCAAACAGAGGAACACUUUUCUGUUUAAUUCAAAUUUUAUGCUCUUUACUGUUUGUUUUGGUGUCCAAUGCUGCCCUCUGAAGCCUCAAAGACGAGGCUGAUCAGCUUUUCAGAAGUAAAAGUGGUCAAACCAAUUGGGUCCUCUCUGUUGAAAAAAACACACCACUCUGAAAUACUCUGCCUCUACAUCCUCAAGUUGAGCAUCAAAAAGAAAUGAAGGAUAAAGACUGCCAGACUGUGUUGGGUGUAUUGAAGCAGAUGUAGUGCAACACUGAUUGGUUUGAGCAGUGAAAGGGGGUUAUGCAAAGUACAGAUAAUCUUCAAAUUGGUGAGUGGUGUUUUUAAACUAUCUCCUCUCCGUUUUUCUUCUUAACUGUUCUCGUCUGGACAGUUUGCCACUGCAGCUUUGACAAGACUCAACGAUUCUACCGCAAGAGAGCCACAGAAACUCAUAAGAAACAAGUUCUGGACGUGCCAUCCUGCAGUUAUAUACUGCUACUUGACUUCCUCGCACAAACAAAAGCCAUAUAGUGUUGGUGUUGUAACAUCUGAAGACAUUCGCGUCUCCAUGGAGUUGAGUGUAUCGCUAAGAGGUGCCGCUCUGCACACUGCUUCACUAAAUCUAAAGUCAUGUCUCACAUAGUUGGAAGGGAAACACCAAAGCAGAGAUGUGACUGGUGUGUUUUUUUCUGAAACACGACAGGGAAUAAAUAGAUCAACAGAGGAAGUGAGCGACAAAAGACACGUCACCAUGUUUAAAAGCAAAUCGCAGCGUGAACUGGCGCCACAGACAGACACAGAGAUCAAACACAGGGAGAUGAAAUGUGUCGCUGUUUCUGUGGUGGGAUGUGUGUGUCUGUGUGUGAGAUUACGAAAGAGGAGCUGGGGGAGAGGAGGCACUGAAGGCGGACACACUACAUCUUCAUUCCCCCAGGGCGAGCAUGAGACAGACAGUAAUGCUGCUCUGUACGCUGCCUGUGCUGUCAGCAGCGCGGCCGGCCCUGGCUUUUCAACUUGUGAUUGGACGACAGACACAGGCAUUAAGUCCUCGCCGGUGCAGCUCAGAGCAGAUCCCUGGAAGGUGCUUGUCGCCCUUCAAAGGCUGCACUUCCUCCAGAGGGAAAGCACAGGGGGCUUUGAUCAAUAUCCCCUGUGUGAUGGCUGCAGACGUGGAAGGUUAAUGGCCAUUUAACCCAGUGACACCUCCACUGUCACAGCUGUGAGCUAAUGCCUUUGAAAACUUGACACUGGUAUCUAUAUUACAGAUCAACAGUUCUAUCUGCGUGCGUAUUUGUGAGAGAGUGGUGGUUUAAACAUGUAUGUACAUAUCCUUGUUGUUGAACUGAUUGAACAAAAACAUAGAUAUGUGUUUUUUUUUUUUACAUAUUAUUUUUAUCUAAAGCUGUGAGGUAAGGUCUCCAGUGUUGUCUCCAGUAGGGCUGCAAGAUUAAUUGGUUUUAUAUCGCAAUCAGAUAAAUUGAUUACGACAAUGUUAAAAAAAUUUAAAUCGUCAAAUUGAUUUUCCCAGUUCCCACAAACACCAGUGUAAACAAACAUGGCUUUUUGCUAAAGAAGGAGAUAAUUUUGUGGCUAAAUAGGGCACAGGAAUACAGUAGUAAAUGCAAAAGUUCUUUUUGUCUUAUCAGCGUUUCAUCCACACCGAAACGGUGUUUCCAGUGACUGUAAACGGUACUUUUUGAAAAAUGGGUUCGAGAGCGCAUAAAUCCGUUAAUGACUACCAUUUCAUCUUCAUGUUGAUGCCUAUCUGCAUCUCUUGAAAUGAUUAUGUUACACACAGCGAAACUCUUUCAUGGCACCUGUGCGUGUCCAGCCAAAACAACAUCUAUGCACAUGCUCCACACUCUUCUUCUGUCUUUUGCGCAAUUCCUUGGCGGCGUUACAGCGCCACUUACUGGCUUGGCAUAUGCACUACAUGGUUUUUAGUGGUUACGUUUUGAGAGAUGAUAGAAAAACUUGUUAGUUUUAAUGGGAAGUUUGGUGAAGUUACUGAAUAAAAAACCGAAAGAAAAAAGUCAGGAUUUUAUUUUUGGCCAAAAUCAUGCAGCCCUAAUUUUCAGUGCUUUGGUGUAAGGAACACACUUGGAGCCCAGAUCAAAAGUGUUUUUUGAGCAUAUUUUUGCUCUAAAACAGGCUUUUUUUGGCUCAUUGUGUACUUGGCUUCCUUGGCUUCUGCAGCCUCUGUGAAUGUGGUGCUCAGGGAACUGAGGUUUUUAGCACUUGUGCUUAAAAAACUCCGAAACCGUAGAACAUGCACUUGAAAAUAGUUUUUUUUAGUGUUGGUACACUUCUUCACUUACUCAUGUUGUCUGUCUCAGUUUGCCUGUUAUACAUGAACACUAGUUUGAUGCCUCUUUUCCAGGUAGGCUUUAUGCAAGUUCAAAGUAUCUGCCGUAGGUGAAAGGUUAGAGGCUCCAUCUGCAUUAGACUGCUGGAGUCCAAAUGUGGGACUGUCGGAUGAAGCUUUUCAAACAGGUUUAGGUUCACAUUAUAAAACAUAAGCUGCUUCGUACAGCAGAGUGGUACACUGGGUCAGUGUCCUCUUUCCAUAGAGAUUCCUGGCCACAGUCUGUGUUUAUCUCUGUUUGUGUAAGAACUCUGAUUCAGGAGAAACCACAACAGCUCACAACACAGUCCAGACCAGCACUAAAAAGUCUUCUCAACCUUUUAAAGAAUGUAUCACCAACCCUCUUCUUCUCUCGUUAGUCACCUCUCACCAUCAAUGCACCGCAGUCAUUAGCCUCCACGAUCCCCUCGCUCUCCCGCUCUCUUCCUCCUUGCCUCCUUUCAGGAUCUCACAAUGAAACCAUUUGCAUCCCUCCAGGUUGCUACGAUACUCGGCCACCCUGACUCGAAAUGUUUUCCCUUUGCUUUGAAGGUGGAUUUCAAGAGGAAAACAGCUGCACAAGAAGAAAAAGACAGUGUAUGCAGGGCUGAAUGUGUCUGAUUUUAAGUUUUAGGCACAUUUUAGGUAGUCAAACUAACUGGUCUUUUAUUGAUCUAGUCUGGUUUUAGCUGUCUGCUUACUUUUUUCCUCCCUUUGUUUGUUUGUUUGCGUUCCCGUUUUUUAGUGUCUAUAUGGCCUAAUGAGGCUGUUAGUUGCUGCCGAGUCCCUGCCAUAUGUGCACAUACAUACACAAUCGAAGAGCCUCAAGGCAAAGAGCAGUCUCUGGCUCACCAUGAUUUGCUUUUUAGCUGUGUUUGCAGUGAGCCUGUAACCAACAGAGUGAGAAAUAUCCUACUGUGAUGAAACAGAUUAAUUCACUAAAGACCAGAAGGCUUCAUUAGUGGCUGAUACACUCGUAAAACUCACAGGUUCCUGGAGAAGCGUCGGGAUCACAGUGUCCCUUUUGUGUUUCAUUGUUAAGUUUAAUACAUUCACUCUGAUGUCAUGCUCAAGGUGGUGCAGCUCUAAUGUUGUGCCAUUGUUCCCAGUUUGCCAUUGUUUCCAGAUGUGGAGACCUUGACAAAUGCUGGGAUUUUACCUUGUAAAUUUGCAGUGACUGAGAGACAAUAAAACAGCUGAAAGUUGCUCAGAAGUUCUCUUCGACCCGGCCUAUCGCAGCUGCCUAGGCUGUUGUCUGGUGGCCCCUGGGUAUGAAGUCAAAAGAAAACGGCCUCCGUCUUAAUACGCAAGAUAAUUUCAUUUAAUUAUUUAUUAUUUGUUCAUUUUCAUUCUAAUUAAAGAGAAACGUUGACAGAAGAGGAUUUCUAUUAGCAGAUAGAGAGCUGUCAUGUUUCAGAUGGAUUAACCCUCAGGGGUUGUGGGUGUGUCGAGGGACAGAAGGCACAAAUGAAGUCAUACCACAAACCCUCAAGCCUUAUUACUUUACAUUAGCGCUCCACUAAGUUCCUGUCCGCCUAAACAUCCUCUGGGAUAUAUCGAGCUUUUGAUGAAGCUCAACUGACAGCUGCUGAGAACCACUUUCCUCCUACUUCUGUCACCUCUGCUCGGAGAAGCCUCCUCCUCUGCGCUGCAGUGGGCUUAGCGCUUAUUAGUCCUGCGGUAAUAAAGAAACUCUGAGAGAUAGUCGGUGCUAAUUCAGGCUAAAGCUAAUGCUGGAAGAAGAGGCUGCUUUAUGCUUUGGCACGGCUUGGCAGGGUGUUGUUCCUUGCCCUGUGUGAUGAUUUUUAGAGGUUCCUGCCAGUGCUGCGCUCCCAUCCAUCUCGUCCGGCCUCUGUCUGAAAUUCAAUUGACCUUUUGUUCCACCUCACAGUGAAUGGGCACAGGCCACCUCCACCGAUAGCCAACCCAGAGCUCUCAUACCUCUUUAUUUGAUCUGUCCUGCUGGGUCCUGUGCUUUUAUUACAAACCCAAACACCCACUGCCAACACCCUGCUCUUCUCUACAACCUUAAAAAAGUCUGCUCAUGUCUCUUAGCUGGAGAGACUUUUAGGAUGUGAAGGUGAUAUAUUUUACAAUCAGGAGAAAACCCUUUUUCUUGCUGCCCCGCUCGUCAAGCUCUUGAUUCUUACAGUGAUUGGAUUUUAUUUGUGCCUGCUCCACUCGUUGUAAAUGUAGUACUUUUCCUCCUCUCCCUCUGAGGACUUUCUCUUUCUGACUUUGCAGAAGUGCUGAGCUGGCUCCCCCAUCGCUCAGGGCAAAAGAGCUUCGAAGUGCUGCGCCAUGACAAGGCCUGUUGUGACCAUGACCUGCCAAUCAUUUUGAUCUUUGGGAUUGACAAAUUGAUCCCUGAGGCCUUAUCCCAGUUUUCUAAUUACAUCUUCAGUCAAACUGGCGGCAUUGUUCUUAACUUUCCUCCAGCUGACAUCUCCUCCUCUUCUUCAUCUGGGUUCUGCUUUAAUUCCCUGGUUGCUUCUGUUCAUAUCACAUGCUGCUGCACCUUGCCCUUACUGCUGCGUCAAAGUCAUUAAAUCUUUUCUGUCCCUGCUGCACCUUCACAAGCUCUCUCUCUCUUCUUCUUCUUUAGUACUAACUUCAGUCCAGGUCUGCUGCUCUGUGAUACAUACUAAAGACCGACUUCAGCUGCUACACCACCUCAUGUGUGACCACUACCAAUCAGAGCCCGCUGUUGUACAAUGUGUACUUUGCUGACUGCUAGACUCUGUGUGAUUGGGUUUUUUGGUGGUGUGUUUGUAAGUGUGUGUGUUAGUCCUGCUUCCUCAGCAGUACAAAAAAGUAGCAAUCUUGUUGGUAAAAAGAAGAGGUGACUAAAAAACACUGAUACCGUCUUCUGGUGCAGACUACUGCAGUUAUAUUUAUAUACCAUCUUGCUUUAAUCACAGUGCAUGUUUUUUAAAAGAUCUUUCAAAGUCCCCUUUUAUAGGUUUUUCAGCGGUUUGGGGCACCACUUUGUUAAAACUCAGACGGCUUUAGAUGCUGGGAUUAUUGUUUUGAUGGUGCACUUAAAUCAAACCUUUAGAAACAGCACUGUUGCAUGCAGCCACUUUGCAAUGGUUUCUUUGGUUAGGAUUGCAAGUCAUAUGUUUAUGUCGACGAGCCUGGAAACAUUUUUCCCAUAACCAAGUAUUACAAAAGGAUCUGCUGUGGAUACAGGGAAAAGGACAUUUUUCGAUCACAGAAAAACUAGAAAGAGUCGUGGGAGAGAACUUUUUCUUGUCCUUUUACUCAUGAGGAAAUCUAAUAUCACACAAUACAAAAACUUGAUUGAUCCCCAAAGGGAAAUUCGUUUGUCUGGAAUUUCAUCUCAUCUACUGUUUAUAAAAGUAUUAAACAGUUUGAUGACUGUGAGUACAAAAGAUCUUCUGAAUCUUUCUGUCCUGCAGCGAAGAGAGAUAAGCUGUCCACCACCAUUUUUUUUUUUUUUUUUAUGGUCCAUCAAGGUGUUAUGAAGUGGAUGAUCCAUGUUUUCAAGAACAGCCUCUUCCUUCCUCAGUGUGCAUGUUUCACCACCAUAUCCCAGCAACAGUAUCAUGGAGAACAUCACACUGAACUUACCUGAAAGUUACCUUGGGUGGGAGGUUUCAUACAGUCUGAGGCAUAUAUGUAUAUAUGUGUAUAUAUCUUUUUAUUCAAUCUUUUUGGUAUAUAUAUAUAUAUAUAUAUAUAUAUAUAUAUAUAUAUAUAUAUAUAUAUAUAUAUAUAUAUGUACCAAAAAGAUUGAAUACCCUGUACAGAUUAUUUUUAUGUAUACUUUUCAAUAUAUGUCAAUAUAAAAAUUCUAUAUGGGUAUCUCAUAAAUGUUCUCAAUAUUUGAAUGUACGUAUGUGAUAGCAGUAAAUAUGUAAAUAUCAUGUAUCAUCAUCGCUGUUGAUACAUGAACGCGUAUGUCAUACAUUAAAUUCCUGUGUGGGUGAGUGCAAGAUAAACUAAGCAAAUUUAAAACACAAGGAAAAUCAGAGAUUGGAUGAUAUUAGGGGUAUAGCAAUGGUCACGGCCAAUAUUCUACAUAAGGCUGAUUAUAUGGCUGACUAUGUUUGUUGGAAAAGUUUAACUGUAAAGUGAUUUUGAUCAGGGAAGGAUGCAAAGAAAACUUCCCUCUUUGCUCAUGGACCCAAAAAGUAUCAGUAUAAUUGUGCUUCUCAUGAUAUUCUGAUAGACAGCCUGCUUUAUUGUUCUCAUUGGGGAGGGGGGCAGGUCACCAUGAGACAGCCAGCUGAAUGAUGGAGGGCUCCAGGCCGCGUGCAGCUAUUGUCACAGUCUCAUUCCAUCAUUAACAAAGGGAACAUAGUGAUGCUAAAACAGGCUGUCGCAGUUUUGUGCAGACUCCAUUUAACUGUCCAGACAAAAGCACGCCGAGUUUUAACAUGCUGGCUGCCUAUUGUGCUGAUCUGUUUUGAAGCGCAAUAACAGCAACGAUUAAGAUAAUCUAUAAUUUAUCAUAGUCAGCUGGUGUGACCUUAACGAUUUAACACUAUAAUGGACUUUUUUCUAUGCAAAUGUGUGUGCAACAUGCAUUUGCAGUGUUUCAUCUUGAUAAAUGCAUAUUUCUUGCAUUCAUAGAUGACAAAUGUGGUGGUUUGUCACCAUCACAUAAAUUUAUGCAUCUGGUGUGCUGUUAUUGCCAUCGAAAUGAGGAGUUCAGGUCUGCAGCAACUCCCAUGGGUGUCAGGAGGGCGGGUGCCCACAGCCUCAACCACGUUUCCAAGAAACCUCAGAUAUUUUUAUGAGCCGCCUAAUGAGAGCAGUAAGAGAGCAGCUCCUGAAAGCACAGGGCUCUACUCUGCCCUCAAAUGUGAUCAAGGUGCAGAAAUUAAAUGUAAAACCAGAAGAGGCGUGCAAAUGCAUGUGAUCCUCGUGCAGUUAGGAAAAAAUUGAAGGUUUUAAAAUGGAGACCAUUUACCGUGGAGACAGGAAGAGGGAUGAGUGGAGAGAAUUAAGGGGUUCAACCUUUAGUUUGGCCUUUGAGCUGGCAUUCGCUGUUGUUUCAAGAUGAUAAUGGAUUGUGUGCACAAGUCGCCCGGUCCCCAACCCUCUUUAAUUCACUUCUGCAUGUGUGUGAAUGUGUGUGUGUAUGUGCUUCUCCGAGUAACCUCUCAACACUCCCUGUGAAGCACUUUGAUAAAGGGAGGCCACAGCUGUGUAGAAGCUCAAGGGACAAUGAUUCUCGAAUAUAUGCACACAACUGUUAAGACAGAGACUCAUUUGCAUCUGCAGAGUGUAUUUAAGCAUGAGAGUGUCCAAGUUCAUGUCCCAGCCUCUGCUUUAAUUGGGUAUCUGUGUAUUAAUGACCUAUAGAUCACCUUCCAGGCUUGUGUAGCAUGUUUCACAUUGACAGAUGAGCCAUAUGGUUUGGAUGAGAAACCUCAUGGGGUGAAAAACAAGUAAACAGAGGAAUUUCUCAGAAGACAGCGUGACCUUAUGCCAUAUGUUAUUGUGUGUCCACAGGUUCCUCUUAUUACGACAACGUGAGGCCGCUGGCGUAUCCCGAUUCAGACGCAGUGCUCAUCUGUUUCGACAUCAGCCGCCCAGAGACUCUGGACAGUGUCAUAAAGAAGGUCAGUGUUUCUUAUUUCGUCUCCUCCUCCUCAGCAUUUAAUAUCUGCUGUGACACUGCAGAACGAACCGGAAAAAAUCCUCCUUUUUUCACCUCGAUCAGCAUCCACUCAGGUUUCUGUGCCUGCAGCUCGCAUUUUCACAGCUCAACAAUAGAGCAAAUCAGCGCAGAGGUUAGAGCCCCCUGUUCCUUUAUCUCAUCAAAAUGUCCACGGAUACUUGACCCUGGAUCCCUCUGAGGAAAAGAAGGUCAGAGCGAAGAAUGAGAGGAGAGGCUCUGUAGACGGGCGGCUUUGGGAGGAAUAUCAGAUACGCAAAUUAACCAGAGCAGCCGUAUCAAAGAGGAGCUGUUGGAGAGGCUGUAAAAGGGACCCAGAAUUAACUUUCUGUAGGGAUUCAGCUUUUCAGUUUAAUGCAUAGGAGUUGACCAGAUUGGUGGAGCUUAACAUUUGUAAAGUGGCCUGUGGUUCAAAUGAUUUAACGCUUACGUUGAAGUGGAGGUGGUGUCUGAAAUUGUGGUGCUUCUGAGGCUGUUGUGUGUUUUUACUGUCAGUAGUAAUACCUGCUAUAAACGUGGACACACCCAGCUUUAAGAGUGUGCAUGUGAAGUGUGUGCAUGUACAUGCCACUCAUCUUGAAGCCAUAUGUGAGUGUCUUCCUUUGAGCUGCUCUCCUUGUGGGGCAGAGGACUGUUCCCACGGCCCGCCUGUUGACGUGUUUAGUGGUCUGAGGGGAGCCGCUAAAACACUCCUGCAGACUUUGUGGAUCUAACCCGAAACACCUUUUUUUUCAACCCCCAAAUACUCCACAAGCUCCAGCCUAUUCUGUCAACAGGGGCAGCAGAGCUGCCGUCAAAUCUUAGGCUUUCCCAUGAAUCCCUUGGCAGGGGUUGCCAUGACCUCUGACCCCUUGCUGUCGCCUAAGUAAUCUCUAAACCUCAGGGGCACAUGGAAAACCUGUUGCACAAUCACCAUCCCAAAUUAGACUCUUGACCUGUAGAAACAAGCAGGUCAGAGGGGUUGCAGGGUGACAGUCGAGGAAGGGGAGGGGGUUAAACAAUCAGGGCUUUUGAUUGGAUGUUCUUUGAAGGAUAAAGAUGGUCAUGAGAGGUCAAAGGUUGAUUUCAGCAUGAAGGAUGAGCGGACACCUUGACAUUCUGUGUUUGGCAUGUAGAAAAUUUCAGCACUGGAGGCUGUAGUGGAGUAUUUGUGUCAGACAGGAGACACUGUGUUGGUUCAGCUGAGUUUCAGAGGUGACAUUUAAUCUCAGGGUGGUAUGAGGAGGAAGACCGCUCUGCCUUUUCUGUACAAGAUCUGGAAUAGAUUUGUCAGCAGGGACUGAGAGAUGAAUGUGUGCUGCUCUUAUGGAGUUCAACUGAUCAGCCAAUGAAAAGCUUAAAAAACAAACAGUCCCAUACUGUACAAAAAGGUUUUUAAACUAUGUAAUGAUUUCUAGUGUUUGUCAGACAUGGCAACAAAUAAAGUUCAGGACAAUAUGGACGUACUGUCAUUAGUUCUGGACCAAUAUGACACAUUUAAGGGUUGACUGACACUAAUGCUGAUGGAGGAGGUUGGCUGAUGGCUUUUAUAAAACGCUGAUGUUAUGCUUUUUCUGCAUUUGACAACAUGCAACAACUGAAAUCAUACUACAGAAACAAAAUAGUUGAACUUAAGUCGAUAUUGUAUGAAAUAAAUGCAGGUGGAAGAAUAUUAGUCUCAGUAAGAUAUUGCCUCAAGAAACUUUUUGAAGGUAAACAUUGGUGUUAAAUUAAAGAACGAAUCUAUUAUUCUUCAUACAUUAAAAUCUAACAUACAUGAUUAUCUGAACUAAGAGCAUGUUGUUAAUGGAUUUUAAUAAAUUGAUGAAAAAUACAAAUAUAUAGGGUUUGGUUUGCUGUCAUUUAUGUUGGGGGAAUUUUUAUUUUUUUAUUUUUAAUAAAUACACCAAAAAACUAAAACUGGGACAGAGAAAUAGAGAAAUUAAUGAUAAAUAAUUGUUAAAUAAACGAGUCCUCAGUCACAGCCCUGUCACUAUCCUGUUUUUAAUGCUGCAGAUAAAUAUCUCUGUAAAUUGGUUAUGAUGGGUCAUAUCCAAAUUUAUAAACAUAAACAUUGGUAAUAAGCAAAUCUCAAAAGUCUGAAUUUACCAGAACAAAUUGAGCCUUUCUCACUUCUCCUACUUCUACAACUCCAGAAAGGUACAGCAAGUUUUUAAUGACUGGCAAACUAUCAAAACUUUGAAAAAAUCUAAUAUCAACAUAUUGCUGAAAAAUGAACAGAUUUGUGGAUUAAUUUUGUUGGUGAAAAAGACUUGUGACACACGCAAGUAUUGUACAAGAGAGAAGUACAUCAGAUAAACACAAAAACUAGCUAAUACAGAUUCUGACAUAUUUUUAUACACUUCAUUUUAUGGGUGAUUAGAGUCAGUUAUUUUGUAGUAACUGCAUAUUGAAUUUUUUUAUAUAUUAUAUUGUGUAGGCCUGUCAUCUAAGUGUAUGAUAUGAUAGUGAGUGAUUAGAAUUCCUUUCACAGUAUCCCAAAGUGAUGCCUCUACACACUGUUUGUUUUGUCCUUAUUAAAUUCAGCACAGCACAAGAUAAGGAAAACAUGAGGCGUCUGUUUAGCUUGGCGUUUGAACUGUGCACCUCGAGUACCAAAGCAGGCAGCCUUGGUUUAAACCAACCAGUGGGCUUUUGCUGCAUGUUAUCCUACACCUUCUUAUCUUAGUUUUUUCUUUUUUGUUUGUUUUUCAUAAAAACAACAACAAAAAAAACACAAAAACUGUUGUCUGCUGAAUGACUGAAAUGAUAGAAAAAUCAUCUAAAAGCUUUACUUUUGUAUUGUGUCAGUUAAAAAUACCUAUAAAAUGACUGAGAGUUUCAGCAUUAGCUCUAUUUCGAAUCCCAUCUUUGUAUUUAAAAUUAUGAAUGCAGAUACAAGUCAGCACAAAGUUAUGACAUGAAAACAACCUUAAUGCCAGAGGAGCCAGAUCUGUUUCAGUGAAUCUCAGUCAGUUCAGGCAACAAUCGUCUCAUAUUUGACACAGUCAUUGAUGUGUGUCUGUUGUAUCAUGUCUCAACAGUGGCAGGGGGAAACACAGGAGUUUUGUCCCAACGCCAAAGUGGUGCUGGUUGGCUGUAAGCUGGACAUGAGGACAGACGUCAGCACCCUGAGGGAACUCUCCAAGCAGCGCCUCAUCCCUGUCACUCACGAACAGGUGAGAACAAGAACAUGAUGGAAAUAUGAGGACAGAGAAAUAAUGAGGAAAGGUGCUCUGGGAACAAACUUGAAAACAACAACGGAUGUGAAAAAGAUAUUAGAAAGCAAUCAGGCGAUUAUACCGGGUUUUUUUUUUUUUUUUUUUUCUUUUUUUCAUCUUGGAUCAUUUUCUCUCAAGAAGGUCCCACGGGAAGUGAGUGUAAGAGGAGGCUCAGGAAAGCCAAUCAGGCGCUGCAGAAUAAGAGCCGUGUGAAACCCCCAUGGGAUGUGUUGCUGGGGUUGGCAUUUUGACUGAAUUUUGCUGACAUCCAAUGUAAGGUUUCUCAUGACGAGGCCAGUAUUGGGAAGCAGUUAGUGGACUUGGGUGUCUGGGGACAGGUUUUUUCCCCCUGAAAUGAAAUACUCAUGCAGAUUAAGGGAGACACAGGAUGAAUAAAAAAACAGGAUGUUGAUAAAAGAGUCAGCUCCUUUAUCGCCAUGACCUUACAAGCUAAAGGAGCUGAAGGGGGAGAAGAGGGAGGGGAUGAUAAACCAUUCUGUAAAUCUGUGAAUUUUAAUCAGCUUUCAGUGUGUUCAUUUUCUGCUCUCUCUAGUGUUGGCUGUGGAAAAAGUGGAGGGGCUUUUUCACCACUGCACAAAAGCCCCCAGAACAAAAGAGCCUUUUUUCCACUGCUGUCUGAGAACUCGUUUGAGGCUAAAAGCAUGUAGCCUGUACAAAAAUCAGCAACUGACAAAACAGGCUACUCAUGUAAAUAAGAUCCAUAAACAAAAGAAGGAGUGGGGAAGCACAGAGUUGAUGUAAAAUAGCAGGGGAGCGUUUGCAGCCCGGCCCACAUCAAGCUAUUGUUUUUGUUCAUUCUCGGUCUCUGUUGUCACCCGGGGCACCUCGUGUUUGUCCCCCUGACAUGGCGAGAAAAAGUGUGUCACACAGCCCGAGCCAAAGCACAUUAAACAUGUGCUUUGACCAGAAUGUUCUGGUGGUCUAAUCCAAUAGCCUGCGUUGUUAUCCUGCCGCCGAUCUUAAAUUGAAUUCCAACACAGCUGAGGAGUCGCCAGCAAGAGAGUGACCACUGGGUGAACUCUGGACGUUUCCGCACUAAUCUGCCUAAGAUCCUAUCAAGUUUUUCCGCUUGUCACUGCAAUCUUUACCUUACACCCCCCUCACCCUCUCCUCUCACUGUUAUCCCCCAAAUCUAAAAUCUGCCGUUUCACCUAAUAAGGACUUCAUUGCGCCUUAUAUGUGGCUCACUGCACAUCCAUGAUAUAAAUCAAAGAGCAUCCUCUGGGAAUGAAAAGCUCUCUGUGUUUGAGAGCAUGCCAUCAGAGGGUCAUGGGAAAUGCAGUCCUGACUCAUGUGCUACUACCUUUGCAAGUGUUGAUGCAGCAUUAAUAUAGGAACAGCAGAAAGAGAGGCAGGGGGGAGCUUGAAAUUAAAUUUGUCUGAUUUGAUCUCGAGCAAACAAUUUACGGUCUUAAUUAACUGAGUGUAUGGUUUCAUUACUCUGGGGAAGCUCUACUGCUGGAGGACUUCUGUCACGGUUUCAUCUCUUCUCUCUAAACAGCUGCACAGACCAUCUUAACAGCGACUCUCUCACCUUACACUGAGGAGUCAGAGCGUUUCCAUUAUUCAUGACUCAGAUGGAGGAGCUUCAUUUGUCUCCAGAACUGUUUGGAUUAUUGACAUUCAGUCUGCAGUUUAGAUCGACUCUUUCUGGGACAUUUGGCCUUCCUUCCGCUGUGAAGAUGCAGUGCCCGCCUAAGCCAGAGUCCAAUGAAACAUGGCGAGCAUAUUUUAAACUUUAAUUCUCUUUGUGAAGCACUCACACUGCACCCACAACAAAACCAGUAAAGGCCUGAGGAAACAAGAGAAAAGGCAGUGUUUGGUUAGGAGAGCAGUUCAAACAAAACCAAAGAAAACAGUGAAACAAAGAUGUUUCUUGAGGUUGUCAGAAAGAGUACAUUUGUGCAAUGUAAUUUGCUUUUUCUUUCCACUUCUUUCUUGCAAAGUUAUAUGUUACCUGGAAAAACUAAGUUGGAUUUUUUUGCCUUCCAGGGCAGCACGAUAGCUCGACAGAUGGGGGCGGUGGCCUACGUCGAGUGCACUUCCAAGGUUUCAGAGAACAGCGUCCGAGACGUGUUCCAUGUCACCACCCUGGCGUCUGUUCGGCGGCCUCACAAGCCACAGCUGAAACGUAGCAGUUCCCGCAGAGGCCUGAAGCGAGUGUCACAGCUCCCUCUGCCCCCGCUGCCUGGACGGACUGAACAAAUGGACCAGGCCCCAACCAUGAGGAAGGAUCGGGCCAAGAGCUGUGUGCUCAUGUAGUGACAGAUGACUAUGAAUAUAUAUAUAUGUAAAUACAUAAACACAGAAUAUAUAACAGAGGAGGUCUAUUUAUUGUUCUGUUUUCCCUCGUAUUUUGAUUUAUUUUUUUGCACUGCAGAGGAGUGAGGAGGAAACAAACACGGUGCUGUGGAAAGACAUGCUUCAGAUUUUUUUUUUUUUUUUUUUUUUUUGGUGUUUUUUGCAGCGUGUGCAUAUUUUCUGAGCUGUCUACAUGUUUGUUGUUGUUUUGAAGUGAUGACAAAUGGGGAGAAACUUCUGGAUAAAUGGAAGCUGUGAUGGUCGAAGUCCCAGGAUUUUAAAGAGGAGUUAAUGUCCCCGAAAACUCUCGAAGAUGAAGACUAUGGAGAGUGAAGCAUGUUGAAGCAGGACAUCUGGGGAUGAGGCUUGUUGUUGUCACAGACAGAGUUUCUCAGCAAACACGAUGACUAAGCGUCUGGCUGUGCCGUCUAAAGUUGCUUCCUGUUGUCAUAUGUGAGAUGAGAACCUGUAUGUACAGUAAUGCUAAAAAGGGAUGUUAGAGAUUAGACGAAUGAUGGCUCAAACCAAACAUUAGAAGCCAGAAAGGAAGUUUUCUCACCGAGAAUAUUGUGAAGGUGCGUGUGAGCAUUGCUGCCAUAAGUGCAUUUUAGAAAAAGUCAACAUAUCUGAUUUUCUUUCCAUUUACUUCUAUUUUUCUCUUCAACUCUGACUGUGUCAAUUUGAUUCACUGAAGUUAAAGCUGUUGUCACUUCUUUAAUGAAGUUUCUUUGUGGAAAAUAAACCUGUAAAAAGUUGGGGCUAUUCUGUGGUACCUCUUAAUGUAACUCAGCAGCUUAAAGCUCCUGUCAGGAUCUUUCAGUUUGAGAAGAAUUUGGUGCCCCCUGUGAACAGAGUGGUUCCUUUAAACUCUUGACUUUUUUUCUAUAAUUUUGAGAAAAUAAUCCCACAUUUUUCUCUUUUAACAAUCAAAUAUAUCACUGAUGAUGAAUAUGCAGAGCAGGAAUAUAAGAAUUGUUGUUUCGGGAGCACUGCUGUCCUAAAACCUCUCCCGACAUUGGUUUCAGUUAUUUAUUGCAACAGUAUGAAAAAAAAAAAUAAUAAUUUGCAACAGAUGAUCCUGCUUGACUUAAGAGGUUGUAAAGAUGCAUUAGUGUUAGUUUAAGUCUUUCUCAUAACCAGCUAAAAAACUUAUCAAAGGAGCUUAAAUCUACAUGUGAAUUGACUGAAAUGUUCAUUUAUUUAUUUAGCAUUAAAGCUCUCAUACACUGGCCGAGAUUAGCAGUGAUGCUCCUUUAAGACCUAGAAAAGUGGACAAGAUCAUUACUUAAAAUAAAACAACAGAUUAUA